AUGGCGCAGAGCACAGCCACCGAGGCGCUCGCGAUCUGCUGCCCUGAUGCCAACGAACAUGAUACUGAGGUUCCCAGUUGGUCAGAUCUACUCACAAGCGACGUGAGCCUGAUAUACGACGUGGGCGCUCUGGUGGGGUGCGCGGUCGUAGCCCUGCUGCUGCUGUCACUGGGCGACGCCGUGGUGGUGCCGCUGGUGCACAGCAUUCGGUACUUGGCCUGGCGGAAGGCAGGCCCGUCCACAACUAGCAAGGUGGCCGCCAUCGAGGCAAGUGGGCUCAUGUCGCCGGUCAACCCAGCGGUGUUCGCGCCACCACUUCGGCCGUCAAAGCCUCAGCAUCCCUCGCCGACGGCAGCAUCCCUCUCCAAGACGCCGACGGCGUCGGCGUCGUCGUCGUCGCUCCCGACUAGCUCGGGCAGCACGACACGGGUGACCAGCGGCUCGCAGAUCAGGGAGGCGGGGCAGGUUGUGCUGGAGGCGGCUGGUCUAGAGCGGCGGUUCGGUGGCCAUUACGCGGUGCGCGAUGUGUCGUUGAGUGUACGGCAGCGCGAGUGCGUCGGCCUGCUGGGGCAGAGUGGCGCUGGAAAAUCCACCACGCUGCGCAUGCUCUCGGGGGAGCUCCUGCCCACGGCUGGCGCAUCCGUCGUCUACGGCAACGAUCUGCGCUCCCAGAGGGCCGGCUACGUCACGUGCGUUGGCUACCAGCCUAGCACCGGCGGUUAUGUGCCCGAGCUGACGGCCCGGCAGCACCUAGAGCUCCUGGCCGUUCUCCGUCGGCUGCCUCAUCACAAUGUGGAUGCGCUGGUAGGUCACGUGCUCCGACUCGUGGACCUCGACUUGGAAGCUGACAAAAAGACUCAGCUUUACUGCCGCUCGUCUCUUCGCAAGCUCGGUUUGGCCAUGGCAUUGCUGGGGGCUCCACGCCUACUGCUGCUGGACGCUCCGACGAGCGGCAUCGAUCCCAUCACGGCGCGCAGUAUGUGGCACACCGUGGACGCCUUCACCAAGGCCAACAAUCAAGCCGUCGUGCUUGCCACCACGCUGAUUCCCGAGUGCCUGGCGCUGUGCUCUCGCGUGAUCGUUCUCAGCGGCGGCGAGCAAACGUGGUCGGGCGCGGUGGCCAACCUGCGCAACACUUUCUUCAUGGGCAUGGUGGUCACGGUGACGCUGACAAUCGAGCAGAAAGACGACACCAUGUCCGCCUUCCUGCGCCGCGUCAACGAGAUCUUCGAGGGCGAGGCGCUCGCGGUCAGCAAGACGAAGAAUGUGGUGCGCUUCAAGAUAUGCGACCCGCUGUACUCGAUGCGGUCGCUAAAGCGCAAGCUGGCCCUCGUGCUCACCGUGAACGUUGUGCGCGAGGUCGACUUCGGGCACGUGGCGCUGCACAAGCUGUUCGGCAUCGAGGAGCCAGAAUAA